AUGUAUUACAAUAAUAUUCAAGAAGUUCAAACUCAAUAUUAUAUUCAAAAGAAAAUUGAUUAUGGUCGACUUAUAGGGUAUUUUAAGAAGGUUUUAGAUUACUCAUUAGAAGAUAAUGAUCAAAAAAAUUUAGAUGAUAUCAUUUUAGAUUAUAUUUCUGAACAACAAGCAAAACGGCAAGCUAAAAUACAAUCAGAAAUGGAAAAUGUUCUUAAAGAACAUAGGAACAAUAAGAUAAAAUUAUCUGAUAGAUGUGUUUAUAAUGUUGAUGAUGUUAAAGCUCUAAUAAAACAUAAUUGUAAAGGUAGACCUGCUAUCAAAUAA